AUAUAAAUAAAAUAGUGAAACUUAAGGGAGAUCUUGAGGUUAUCUUAAGAUGAUUUCAGGGCUUAGCGUCCCCACGGCCCGGUCCUCGACCAGGCCUCCUUUUGGUUACUAUAACAUAAAGGGCGAAUAAAGAUGUUUGAUGAAAAGACAUUUGAAAACCCAAAUAGAAACUUGCCGCCACGAGCGGUGAAGAGAACAGUGGACUAACCACCACCUUCUUCCCCCGCAGGUGAAGAUCUGGUUCCAAAAUCGUCGGUCAAAGUACAAGAAGAUGAUGAAAGCGAUGCAGUCUGGAGGGGGCGGAGCCACCCAGGGGGCGCCUGUGGGUCCUGGCUCCCCUCUCAGUUCCUCUCCCCUCUCUACCACCUCUCCCCUACAGCCCUACACCACCCCUACCCCACUCAGCCCCCCACCACAGACACAGUCACCAAAUCAGACCCCACUCUCAAGGCCCUCGCUUGCCCAACCGCCUCCACUCACAGCUUUGGUGCCAAUUACGCACCCCAGUUCACAUCCACCCACUGGGUCUCUCCCCAUGGGUCACCCCCACUCUGGCCAGCACCCUGCACCCCAACUCCCCUGCCCUCCCCUUCUCUCUCUCCCCCAGCCCCCACUCCUACACCACCCACCUCAUUCAGCUUCCCCUCUUUCUCACCCCCCACAGCACCCCCACCACCUGCCCCCGCACGCCCACGGCCCACCCCAGCACCCGCCCACGCCCACCAGCCAGUCGCACGACAAUCAUGGGUCGCCCCACCUGUGUCCCCCAGGGCCGCCGUGUCCGCCCCAGCACCAUAUGAACCACCCACCCCACGGGGGAUACAUGCCGCCCACCUCCAUAGCACCGCCCGUGUCCUCGGCUGACCACAUGUCCUUGCCGCCCACCGCCUCGUCGCCAGGCCUGGCCGCCCACCACUGGGACAUGAAGCCGCCCGUGUCGGCGCCCUACAUGUACUCCUGGUACGCCCCGGACCAACAGCAUCUCCUCACUUAAGUCACUCAUCUUAAUAUGCUGGCAACCCGGGCCAGGGGCCACCAUCAACUACAGGGCCAAGGGGGCCCUCAGCGGCCCACCUACGGCCCUCUGUGUGGCCCUCUGGUGGCCCGCGGCGUGACAGCCGGGACCAAAGAUGAAAAAAGCAACCCAAGAGAGCAUCCCAAAGAUUUUGUGCAAUAUACUCGCCAUAUUGGCGACAAUUUGCAGAAACUUUCCAGAAGCCAUUCUAGAAGACCUGACUUGUCUUAUCAAACUUGGAAGAGUCAGACCCUGAGAACCAGGAGAGGACCUGGUCUAUGAGACCAAGUAUGAUGAGCCACACCUGCUCUCAGCACAUGUGGGCCGUCAGGUGUGACUGUGAGCGCCACAUCACAGGACCAAGUGCCAAGAGUGAGGAUUAAAAACAAACGAGGAUCAGAUGCGAACUGUCGACCAUGGAAGUCGCGUUUCCAACUCUGUGUGCUCUGCUAUCUAGAGGAUCUGGCCUCUGUAGUUUAACAGUGUUUCACUGUGACUUGACUUGGAAAGAAAAGAGCCACAGUGUUACAUGGCUACUUGGACCUAGCCACAGUGUUUUAAAGUGAUCAGGUUUGCCAAGUAACUCCAGUACGUAAUUACUGGAUUAUCAGGAAGAUUAACAGCAUUUUAUCAUUUUGAUAUGCAUUUCCAGCUGUGAGGAAAGGGGUGGGGGCUUCCUGGAACUCAUCUAGAUCGGGUUUACUCCUGUCGCAGGAACCCAAAUUUGAGCUAGUUGGGUUCCAGCUCAAACGUUGGGUUCCAAAUGUCUUCAGAGACGCUUGUUAAACAGCACCAAGUCUCGCAAGCCCACUGUUGGUAUUCUUGGAACUGUCGACAAUACCUGAGGUGUAUAUGACAACGAUACAAGUCCCAUGUGUAGCCAGCACUCGGUAUGUGAGUGAAACAGACCCCACACAUGUGGCUGCAGUACAAGUUGUUGUUGUUAAAAAUUCGCUACCUGCAACAAAAAGUUGCAAGUAGCACGGGCUAUGGUGAUCCCGUAGAUAGUUAUGUAAGGGGGUACUUGAGGUCAUGUUUACAAUCAGUAGAGACCUCGUCCGGUGCAGUAGACGACAAUAUCAGCCGUCGUUAGAUUUGGUAAUACGGACACACUUGCUACAGACGUCGACCAGGUUACACACUAGUCGACUAGGGCACACACUAGUCGACCAGGUUACACAGUCUCCGACCAGGACGCACUUGGAACAGUCGCCGACCAGGACACACUUGGAACAGUCGCCGACCAGGACACACUUGGAACAGUCGCCGACCAAGACGCACUUGGAACAGUCGCCGACCAAGACGCACUUGGAACAGUCGCCGACCAAGACGCACUUGGAACAGUCGCCGACCAAGACGCACUUGGAACAGUCGCCGACCAAGACGCACUUGGAACAGUCGCCGACCAGGACGCACUUGGAACAGUCGCCGACCAGGACGCACUUGGAACAGUCGCCGACCAGGACGCACUUGGAACAGUCGCCGACCAGGACGCACUUGGAACAGUCGCCGACCAGGACGCACUUGGAACAGUCGCCGACCAAGACGCACUUGGAACGAUUGCCGACCAGGACACACUUGGAACAGUCGCCGACCAGGACACACUUGGAACAGUCGCCGACCAGGACACACUUGGAACAGUCGCCGACCAGGACACACUUGGAACAGUCGCCGACCAGGACACAGAUAGCACCACAUAUGCCAAACACCUGUACAGCGAUAACGACAGCUAUCACUAAUGACUAUAGUACACAGUACAUAUAGCACUAAUGACUAUAGUACACAGUACAUAUAGCACUAAUGACUAUAGUACACUGUACAUAUAGCUGCACAUAUCCCUCUGACUCACCUCUAUUAUUUACAUAUUGUUGUACAUACCCAAACGACUCUACUGUCUUCACCUUGCACUGUACAAAGCUGUGUAAAGUAACUUAUAAAAUAUUUUUUGAUGUAAAGUGUGUGUGUCGAUGUUCCACUUACAAUGUAAUAAAUGUCAGCUAAAU